CAUAAAAACGGUGACGAGGAGAACGGACGCCCUUCAGAAGCCGCGGACGUGCGCGCACCGCUGGAGGCAGUCGAGCGGCAGACCCGGGUCCGGUUUGGAGAAACUCUGGCUGAUGUUAGCGGUAGAGCGAGAACAGAGAGCUGGGUGUGCAUGACAUGUGAGCCAAGUCAUAAGACAAACACCAAAAGGAUGUCUGCGGCAUGCGCGGGUCGAUGCUCCGAGAGACUUGACACAGGUGAAUGAGAACACGGCUGCAGAUCUUUUUAGUUUGUCUUUUUCCCCUCCCCUUGCCUCAGUGAGAGGACACCGACACGGCAGCUGCAGCUCCCCGUGCCAGUCUGGCAGGCGUGAAGGUAGACAGCAGGCAGGAGAGGGACGGAGGAAGAGCCGCUAUUAAAAUCAACUCUUCGACGAAACGUUUCCGCGCCGACUGACGUGACGACUUUACUGAGUGUCCGCAGAGAGACGGAGACACACGGGAGAGGACACAAUGUCAAAGGAGACGAUAGGAAAAGGAUCAUCACGUAAGCACAGCGCCUCUCAUUGGUGUCUGCAGAAUAUUGCACAAGAAUCAGUUGACAGCUCCGAUGACGAGUUCUUUGAUGCCAGAGCAGAUGUUAUGGAGGGGAAGAGCGCCAUUCUGCUGGGCAUGAGUCAGUGGAACUCAAAUGACCUGGUGGAGCAGAUUGAAACUCUGGGACACAUGGAAGACCAGUCACAUGAGGGUCUCUACCAGCUGGGGGGUCCACGCUGCCCCCCUCAGAGCAGCAUUGAAGGACUGGAGGACAUAGAGAGGAAAUGUAAGACCCAUGUGCUGCUGCUGGUGGUGCACGGGGGCAACAUCUUGGACACAGCAGGCGGAGACCCCAGCACAAAGGCUGGCGAUGUGGCCACCCUGACAUCAGUGCUGGAUAAGGUGACAUGGGCGCAUUUCAAGGCCACCGCCGAACACGUGAAGAUCAAGCUGGUGCCAUGUCCGGCCGUGUGCGCUGAAGCCUUCUCCCUGUUGUCCAAUCUGAAUCCGUACAGCUAUGAUGAGAGCUGUGUGUCCAGUAGCGUGGACCACCUACCCCUGGCUGCCCUCCCGCUCCUCGCUAUUGUCUCACCUCGCUACCAGGAUGCCGUUGCCACGGUGAUUGCCCAAUCCAACCAGGCCUACCACAACUUCCUGCAGUCAGAGGAUGGCCAGGGAUUCAUGGGUCAGGUAUGCCUGAUGGGCGACUGUGUGGGAGGUGUGCUGUGCUUCGACGCUUUGUGUUUCAGCAACCACCAGAGGCCUGGCAGCCCCAACAACAGCAGCAGGAACAACAGCACUGAGAGCCUGAAGGAUAACUCGGGCCUACUCGGGGAGUCCAUCCCGAGUCUGAGUUCUUGCAAGAGGCUCAGCAAGAGCAACAUUGAUAUCUCCGCCCCCAACGAAGGGAACGGCCAGAGCGGGCCGCCGCUCAGCCGUAAGCAGAGCGACUCAUACGACGGAGACACCUCGUCCACGGGCCAGCACAGCUUUUUUUCCAGUUUGAUGAAGGACAGUGUGGAGGUGCGUGGGGGCAGUAGUACCAGUCUGGUUUUGAAUCCUGGUCGAUUUGACUUUGAAGUGUCAGACUGCUUCCUGCUGGGCUGUCCGCUGGGCCUUGUGCUGGCCAUGAGACGCACUGUGCUGCCUGCUGUCCAGGUGAGUCAACUGCAUCCAGCCUGCUCUCAGAUUUUCAACCUGUUUUACCCUUCGGACCCGUCAGCCUCCAGACUGGAGCCUCUGCUGCAGCCUCUCUUCCACAAGUUGCCACCAUAUGCUGUGCCGCGCUAUCAGCGCUACCCACUAGGAGAUGGACGCUCACUGCUAAUAGCGGAGAGUAUCCAAGGCCAUUCAAAUGUGUUUUUGGAUGGUGAGCAGUCUCCUAAAGGUCCAGCUUCACAGACGUCCACUGAGACAAAGAGUGAAGGAGGAGGAGGAGGAGGAGGAGGAGAAGAUGGAGGUCGUAGAGCCAGCGUGACCAGUGUUGAAAGUGAAGUGUCGAUUUGUUCCAUGGGCCAGCUGGGAAACACUAUUGCAAACAUUUCCAGUAGCUGGUGGGGCUCCAAAAGGCUGGAUUAUGCUUUGUACUGCCCUGAUGUGCUGACUGCCUUCCCAACAGUGGCUCUGCCUCACCUUUUCCAUGCAUCUUACUGGGAGUCCACUGAUGUAGCAGCCUUUGUUCUCAGGCAGCUCAUGCGAUGUGACUGUGUGAAGACCCAGGAAGCGGACAAGUUGGGCUCUGCUCCGUUCUCUCCCUCCAGCCCACGAGAAAAAUGGCUCAGACGCAGGACACAUGUCAAACUAAGGAACGUCACUGCCAACCACAGGGUGAAUGAUGUCAUUGCCACCGAAGAUGGUCCUCAAACUCUGGUUGGUCGCUUCAUGUAUGGUCCCUUGGACAUGGUCACUCUUACUGGAGAAAAGGUGGACAUCCUGCUAAUGACACAACCUCAGUCUGGACGCUGGGUGCACUUUGACACGGAGGUGACAAACAGCAGCGGCAGAGUGGCAUACACCAUACCCAAGAGCAAGAAGCUCGGCCUGGGUGUCUAUCCAAUUAAAAUGGUGGUCAAGGGCGAUCAAACAAGUGCAGAGGCCUACCUUACUGUGUUGCCACGGAGCAUGGAGUGUGUGGUCUUCAGCAUCGAUGGCUCUUUUGCUGCUAGUGUGUCAAUCAUGGGCAGUGACCCCAAGGUUCGCCCCGGAGCCGUUGAUGUCGUCAGACAUUGGCAGGACCUGGGUUAUCUGAUCAUCUACAUCACAGGCCGCCCUGAUAUGCAGAAGCAGCGUGUGGUGUCCUGGCUCUCGCAGCACAACUUUCCCCAUGGGAUGAUCUUUUUUUCUGAAGGCUUGGUUCAUGAUCCCCUGCGACAAAAGACCAUCUUCCUCAGGAACCUCAUACAGGAGUGUCACAUUAAGAUCAACUCUGCUUAUGGCUCCAUGAAAGACAUCUCUGUUUACAACAUGCUCGGCCUCUGCCCCCCACAGAUCUAUAUUGUUGGCAGACCUUCAAAGAAGUACCAGAAUCAGUGCCAGUUCCUGAGCGAGGGCUAUGCAGCGCACCUCUCCACCCUUCAGUUUGGGCACAGAGCCAGACCCAAGAAAUCCCCUUCAGUUCGUAUGGUUCUUAGGAAGGGCUCAUUUGGUCUCUCAGCAAAGCCUGACUUCUUGUGUAAGCGCACCCACCUGCGCAGGACCAUGUCAGUGCAACAGCCCGACCCGCCGUGCACACCCAACCCAAAGCCUGAGCGAGCCCAGAGCCAGCCGGAGUCAGAUAAGGACCACGGGGGAGGAGGCGGACAAGGCCCAUGGGGACGGCCCUCCAUACUUCGUGGAGACACCACUCCAUGACAUUCAAAAAGAGAUGGAAGGAUUGCAGGAGGAUAGAAGAGGAGAACAAACUGGUCAUAGUGUCCAGGGCCAAUUGUCACCUCUACCUACUGUACAUGUACAUUGGAUCCUCUGCGGGUAUCCGUCGCAGCUCAGCUUUACCUCCUCCUUGGCCCUCCACACUUUGCCACCUGUUCUGUUCUUUUUUUUUUUGUGACCCACUCUGCGGAUUACGUCACUUAGUCUUUGUGCCUGAAACUUUAAGCAGUUGCCGAGGGAUGGCAAUGAUUUUUGCGAAUGUCUGUGUCAAGCUAAAAUUGUGUCCAAAUGUAAAAUCAAAAGAAAGUACUUGAGAUAAUCAAUAUACUACAUAUCUAUUCAUGCACACACAACCACUUCAGAGGAUGACAAAUGGGACAACAAAGGGGACUUUCAAGCUGAAUUUGCAACAGAUGAGCAGACUGCUGUGCUGACAGGUGGCCAUCUUGACUGACUCAUGCACUAACCAUCCAACCAUGUAAAUAGUUGACACUCAUCAUCUCUGUGUGGGCCUUUGGACACAGAAGCACUGUGACAUUUGGGUUCAAUGUGUACACAAGCUCUGCGAUUUGAAGCCCCAAUGAGCUGACCUCGCCGAACACCGGCCUCUGCCUGCAUUCCACUUCCACUGAUAGAUGUCUCCCUCGCGUUGUGGCUGGCUUACUACCCCCUUCCGUCCCCUCAAGCAGUCUGGCAGAACAGGCCUUCCAAAAGCUGCCUCAGACCGUGUCAGCUCGCGCACGGCUCGUGCCCCUGAGGUCGCAUUUGCACUAUCGAAGUAACAAAUAGAAGUUUUAAACAGAAAUAGUUUGUAGGAAAGUGUUGGUUUGACCAAAUAUUUUUUACAGAUUGAUAGACAGAUGUAAAAUGGGAUCAGAACUUCAGCGUGCUUAAAAUGAGCAUUUGUUUAGUUUUCUUGGUAGUAGUUGCAGUAGCUCGCAGAAUAUUGUACAAUACACCCCAUGCCAGUUGAAAUUCCACCGGGAUGCCCGUGCAUCCAUUUACUACAGCUGCACUGGAACCAAUAGAUUUGUGUUGAUAUCCGAUGCUGUCUUGUGCACUCUGGGUUGAAUUGAGUCUUACUGUGGCCAUGUUUCAAAACUCUCUAAGUCAAACAUAUUUUUCUAUGAGCAAAUGUUGUAAAUAGAAAUAUUUUCAAUGUAUGUUUUUGAACCUUUCGUUGUUUGACUUGUUAAAAGGUUGAUUUUUGCCUUAAAUUGUAUUUGAUGUUGUCUGAUUUGUUUGACCAAAGUAUUGAGUUUUACUGUUACUACAUGACAAAGUGCUUUUUAUGUAACUGGUAUUUUGCUUUGACAUGUUUUAGAUACUGUAAAUAUGAACAUGCGUGUUAGAGUGAGUGCCUAGGUUUAUUUAUUGUAGAGUUGUAUUUAUUGUGAACAUGAAGACAGCUAUGACAAGUAAAUGCUUCUGCAGAGGAAUCAGAGGACACAGGUAGGCCAGUGUUGGCAUACAGCAUGUUAUCACUGCAGCCUAACUCCUGGCUUUUCAAAACUGAGCGUGUAUUUUAUAGGUUUUGAUUGAAGCAGUGAGUGAGAGGAUUACUUAGAUGAGGUUUUUAUACCUGUUAUGAAAGAAAAAGGGCUUAUGAGUUCUAAGUGGCUCUUGGUUUAACUGAAUCCCUGCAAAGCUGAGUGGAACGUGCCAGUCAGAAUGGAGCUGUCUUGUUUUUCUUUCACCAACACAUAGGUUCUUCAGUAAUUAGCUAUUUGAUUACUAUUAAGUAUGUAUGACUCCCUGUAGUACUGCCCCUGUAAUUGCGGCGAUUAGCAUUAUUGGUAAUUGUAUAAUGUUGUAGAAACAAUAUUGAAAUACUUAACUCCAUUUUGUUUAGCAUUUAAAAUGGUAAUACUAAAACAAUGUUAUCCAGGCAACAAAAUUAUCAUUCCCAUCCACGUGUACACAAUAAUCAAAGUGAGUUUAUAAGUCUGUAUUACAAAUAGUGAUAUUUUCCUUUCAUGAUGAUACACUAGAGGAGUGAAGUAUUUAUGCUGGGCAGCAUUUUUUAUUUAUUUCUUUGGCAAAUAAUGAUCUAAUGGUUAAAUGGUUUGUUCUGUGCAUGUUAAUUAUUUGAUAUUCUUCAUUAAUGGUUAUCAAUUGUCAUGUUUGUGGUACAUUUAAUUAAUAAUAUAGUUAAUAUAAUAUAGUUAUUUCUAAAUAAGGGGUGAAUAAUAACUCAUGGACAUAAAUUCAACCACCACAUGUUAAGACAAAUGCAAAUAAGUUCUUAAAUUUCUUAAAAUUUGAUUUUAAUGGUAAGAAACACUGAAGUGAGGCAGGGCUUUGUUAUCUCUUACUUUUACCCUAGAGGCUUACUCUUUUAGAAUGGAAACUGACAAAUCAUACAAAUUCCAGUUUUUCCUUCUUUUCUUUUUUUACAGUGCUAAAGUCAAAUAAUCCUGGUAUCACAGAAAAAAAGGGACAGGAUAUACAAUGUAAAAAUGUAUGUUUAUCAAGAGCUUUAAGAGUUACACAAUUAUUACCUUCAAUGAAAUAUGAGUAUAUGAACAUAAGUUCCAAUUAAUGUUGUCAAAUGAUUAUUAUUCAUAAAAUCAUGACUUAACUAUUGGGUAUUGACCUAAUUUGCCAUUUAUUAAGAUUUAGUAAGUUGUAACAUUGUGUUACAGCCUCUUUUAGAUUUUAUUUAUUUAUGUUUGUGGUCUUAUUUUGGUCUUUUGAGUUUUUGACACUGGCCCUUUGAGGACAAAGCACCUGAUUUCACUGCUUCAGAGUGUAUUAUUUUGUACAGAUCUCCUGUGAUUAUGAAAAUGUUAUUGUGUUUAUUGGACUCAGUGAAUCAGUCAUUAUUGCAUAAAUAAAGAUAUUUCACAGAUAAAGAAUUUAA